GCCUACUGGGCGCGAAAAGCAAUUUUAGAGACAUGCCCUCAGCUCGGCUGGCUGGUUGAGAUGCGACCAGGUACGGUACGAUAGCCUAGUACGUGGACGGUGGGCAGAUCUCAAAGUAAUGGGUAAAUUUGAUCAAAAAAACUUCUCAGGUUUUUCUUCUUGUUCCUUACCACUGGGUCGUUAGACUCCAAUAGUUAGGUUUCUUCUCUCGGUAUUCAUGCCGCUCACUUUUUUGCAUGAACGAGGAAGAGGCUCAGAGGCUACUAUUGACGAAUCUGGUCUGAUCGCGGCUCCUUGAUAAGUUUGAUCUACUGGUACAUGCCCCUCGAUCGGGACGCAUGCGGCUUUACCCUGGCUUUCUCACUUCGCCUCUGGGCUUCAACCUCAUUCCAGAACUCAGUCCAUUAGUGGGCCAACGUCGUUCGCGGCUUCAUACCCUCGUUUCUUAAGAUACUGAGAGUCUCGAAACUCGAGAGCAUCAACACCCCUUUACCGAUUACCGUCCCUGUUGUUCUACUAUUCGAGUUCCUCGACCCCGACGUCGACGCUUAGACAAAGACACUCGCUCUUCAAGGCUAUUGUCUCAGCUGUCGUCGAUUCCUAGCUAUGUUUCUUGACAGAUAGCAAAGCUCAACAGGACAAGCACUUCUCAGAGUGCUACAUGAUCGAUAUAUAGUUUCGACGUCUAAGCAUCCUAUCAAGUAUCCAUGAUGCUUCCAAGGUGGUCCAGCGUUUGCGCUGUGCUCUAUCUAUUAAUAUGCUUGAACUUGGUCUCUGCGGGUCGACUGAGACCAUAUCCAAGACAAGAUGCCUCUUCAGUAACUACAGAGGGUCCGACCACGACACAAAAUGGAGACGAUAAAACGACAGCCACACCAAACGCCUCAGGGUCUUCCUCUAGUUCAUUAGAGGUGACUAAUUCUGUUCAAGUUUCGGCAACCACAACUAGCGAUCCAUCAGAAACUGCGAUCCCCUCGGCUAUCAAUGGGAAUAACCCGACCAAUGAUAGUUAUACUGGAAACCAAACUGUUGUACAGGGCGAAUUGCCUUUGCCACCUCGACUUACACCCGGUUGGGGUGUUUCCGGCGCGAUUUUACUCUUAACUGGCAUCGUAUACACCUUAGUCGGCAUCAAAAACGCAUGGCUGCAUACAUGCUUCUCUUCGGCAUAUCUUGCCAGUCUCUGUGUAACGGUCUUGAUCAUUUACGUUAUGAACCCGCCUAUAUCAGAUGCGAUCCAAGGGGCAUAUGUUGUGGCAGCUGUUUGUACUGGUCUUAUUCUAGGUGGAGCUGCGACAGCUUUCAGGGAACUUACCGAAGGUCUUGGAUGUUUGCUGGGUGGCUUUUGUUUUGCUAUGUGGCUGCUAACCUUGCACGAUGGCGGGUUGUUACCUUCAACUACCGGCAAAGUCAUAUUUAUCACCGUCUUCACACUCGUAGGCUUCGCAUCUUACUUCAGUCAUUAUACCAGACCAUACGCUUUGAUCGGGUUAAUGUCUUUCGCCGGUGCGACUGUUACAGUUUUAGGUAUUGACUGUUUCAGCAGAGCUGGUUUGAAGGAAUUCUGGGUUUAUAUUUGGAACCUCAACGACAAACUUUUUCCUCUGGAGGCCAACACUUAUCCCUUAACCAAGGGAAUAAAAGUGGAGAUCGCAUUAAUCGUCGUGCUAACCAUUUUGGGAUUGAUAUCUCAGUUCAAACUAUGGCGUGUGAUUCAGCAUCAUCGAGAAAAACGAGCCGAAGAACGAGCUGAUUUCCAAAGAAUGCGCGAUGAAGAGGAGGCAGUUGUUGGGAGACGAGUUGAAGAAGAUAAUGAGCGCGAAAGGAGGCAAUGGGAAACAACCUACGGAGAUAUGCCUCCACCAAUGAGUCCUACUGCUUCUCGUGAUUCGGGUGUUGGGGAGAUGGAAAGUGAGAAGAAGGGCCGUCUUAGCCAGGCAACAGUUCAACCAGUCUCGCCGACGGAUACCGAAACCGAAAACGCGAUCGAAAUGGCGAACCUUACCACUUCCGACGACGCAGCAUCUUCCGAGGACGUGAAAAGGGUGGAAAACGGACUUGUAAUUCCAAAUCAACACGAAGAGAACCGAGUAACUAUUCGAGUUUCACGGGAUGACCUUCUUGAUCGAGACGCUGUUUCAUUGCCGACACCUGAUGAAAAGGCAUGGAUGGCUGGGGUUGAUGAGGAGAAUCAGCAUGCGACUACAGUAUCGCCCCACAGUACAAAAAGAGUCUCGAAUAUGACUGGACCCGACAUCAUACCAUUGCCAUUUAGAAUCCCGGAACCGCACGGAGACGAUGAGGAUAAUGAUGGUGAUCGCUCAUCGUUUGCAACAUUUGCCGAUGAGGAUAGACGGUCUAUCACGUUAAGCAAAAGAGCCUCGAGGGCAUCUUUAUCUCAUAGGUUAUCAGUGGGCUCGGGGAAUUUAUUGCGAAGUCUAUCUCAGCGUUCCCAAAAAUCACAAAAAUCCAAGCGCCAAACUGGAGAAUUCGAUGCUCCACAGCCGUCCCCCAAAUGGAGCGAGAGUCGCCAGGAUCUUGUGACAGAAAGCCGAAUGCCUCCCGAAGACACCGGUUCUAUUGCUGCUACCAUUGACGGCAUGAGUGAUGAUGGUGAUGAGAAAUUAGAAUGGACUGAAGAGCGAGAACCGAGAUUGACGAUGGAAAUCAAACCAGAAUUGGCGGAUAGGUUACCAGAAAAUGAAAUGAGUCUCGAAGACAAGAAGCCUGAAUCAAAACCAAGAGAUUCUUCCGGGGUACACCCUGGUGCUCGACCUUACUCGACGGUAGAAACCGUUGCGACGGAUAUUCUAGACCCUUUCUUAGGAGAGCAUACCGGGGACAACUCAAAAAGGAGUAGCAUAACAAAUGAUACCGGAAAGACAGCAGGGGCCAAUGAGAUCAGCAAGCUUACAAAUAUUCCGGAGACGAAGGUUCCUUCCGACACGUCAAAGGUUGCUAAAUCUGCGUCACCAUCAGCUACAUCUUCAGCAAGCCUUACGAAGGAACGUCUUCCCUCUAGCUUGUCCCGUGUUGCACUUUCAUACCGCACAAAUGAGUGGGCAAAACACUUGAGCCAUGCAGAGAAGCCCGAACUCGAAACGCUGCAGGUAAAUGAAUACCCUGAACCGGAAGAAGUCUUGAAGCAGCAAGAAGAAGUUCCUGCUCCAGUUAUGGUCGAAGAACUCCAGCAAACAGCCGAGAGUGGCAUUUUGGCGGCCCCUCUCGUGAGAACUCAAUCCUCCGUCUCGAAUACUCCGUCAAAUUUGCGCGUUUAUCGUUCUGCAUCAAGGGCAUCUGUGGUGGGGAUAGUAGACCCUACACAAGCUACAUUCCAAUCUCAAGAGGCCAGCGACAUUCCGAGUCACAUAAUGGGUGCCCAGCCCUAUACCCUGCAUAAUGUGCGAGUAAAGAGUCGCCGUCAGUCUGGUGAUGUCAUCCAGCCAAUCUUGGAAGAAAACACCGACGAGAAUCUCAAUACUCAAGUUAAUACGCCUCAAGAGAGGGACGAUGCACCUGCUUCGGGACUAAUCCCACCUUCCCCCAUCGAGCCUGAAUCACAGCGUAUAAGCCACUCUCCCGUCCCAGGUGUUGUCUCAUACUCCAGCCCUCAAACGUUGAUUGGAAAGCGAGAUAUGUUCUUGCGUAGCAAAUCUCAGUCAACAUUAUUACUAUCGCAACAGAUUCCUGAGAGUGCACAAUACCCCCUCAGAUCAGUCAGCCAAAUGGAGCUCCAGUACAACCAUCCAACACCUUCACCUUUUGCUACCCAAGAUCCAGAUGAUCUUCCACUUAGCCAACGAAAAGAACUCAUUCGCCAAAACAGCAUGCUUUCUGCACAUUCCGCUACCACCAACCCGCGACAAAAUAGCACUAUGAGAAUAUCACAUAUGUCUGGAUCAAAUCCACCAACAGUCUCGCCAAUAGCAGCAGAAAGUUCACAAUUUAAUUCUCAUCAACCUCAACGACGAUCUACAGCGCCGUCCCCAGCCCAUCGCGAUGCCCAGCUCGCGAACUUCCGGCAGUCUGUCGCCGCAGAGUUGCGGGCAGGAACGCAAGUCUCGCCCGCAGGUAACACUGGCCGGGAAACACCCCUUUUCUCUACUUCGACCCCCUUACUAGGAGCAACCACGCAGCGAAAUGGAAGCUACGAAAUGCAAUAUAAUAUCGACCAGCAGCGGAACGUUCUUCUAUCCCAGAGGGAACAGGAAACACAGAGAAGAGAGUUUGAACGCCAGGAGAAAGAACGCAACGAACGCACGUUUGAGGAAUUGAUGCGACGCGGGGAUCUCAUGGACGCCCAUCGCGAGGCUUUAAGGAGGAUGCAGAGUAAUGUCAAGGGCCAAUAAUGGGAACACGUUUCAAGAGCGACGAGUAUACGUGUAUAAACAAAAAUACGGUAGCGGGCAUAUGGGUUUAUUUUCAUAUCGGGCUGGGUUGGCGGUGGUGGAACUUGAUACCCUUUCUUUCCCUCGUUUCCACACCUUUCUUAUAAUUUCAUCUAGCGAUCAUCGACAUUUAUUACCUAUUGCUAUUACAUACGAACUACCCAAGUAUAUCAUGUACAUUAUGGCACAUCCCUCGAUCCUUUGAUUACAUAUCUACCUACCUACCUAGUACCUAGAUAGGGUACCUAUCCUUCCACUUAUUUUCUAAUAUGUAAUUGCUGGAAUCAAAGUUGGUGCUGGCAAACGGAGUUAAGCAAUUAGGGAACGUGCAUAUGAGGAAACACAAAAAUAGAUGCAGAUUCAUAUGAGCCGUGUUGUUGGUAAAGAGGUGGAUAAUUGAGACAUAGAGGGACGUUGUGUAACUUGGUAUGCAUACAGAAUAGUCUAUACAAGCACUUGAGAGUUGUCAGAGCUUAAUCAAGAUCAAACGAACAUAUUGAACACCC